CGCAGUCUAGCGGAACACUCGGUUCUUCUAAUCCAAAAUGGCGCUAUGUUUACGUCUCUACAUAACCGUUCAUUAUCCCUAGCUAGUCUCAUGGAGAGCUUUGGUGGUUUUUUUCACAACAUUUAGCUACAACACCAGUGAUCCACGAUAAACCGGACGUUCGGUAAUGUCAAUUGAAGCAUUUCCGUGGCUAUAAAGUUGACCAGCAGCAGUUGGAAGGAUGCAGGCUGAGGCCGCAAACUCGUCACUGAGCGAGGGCAUAGAGGCUCUGGGUGUGAAGGACACAGAAAAACCCGCAGCAGUCCAAGAGGAAGAGGGCAACACAGAGCAACAAGACACAGAGAUGACUGCUGCCACGGAGGAGGAUACAGCAACCAAGGAUGAAAAGGACGAAGACACAGAUGCCGCGGAAGGUGAGGCACACAAGGAUGAACCUCAGGCAGACACCGGGGUGGACGGCGAAGAGGGAAAGCAGUCUGCAGAAGUCGACGGCGAAUGGGAGCUUGCAUACAGCGACGAGGAAAUGGAGGACCCCAAAAACUGGAUGCCCCCUCCUGCUGAGAUCAAAAGACUCUACGAGCUCCUCGCUAAAGGGGAGAUGCUGGAAUUGGACUUUGUGCCCCUUCCUAGAAGGCCCCCUACACCUGAACGUACCCCCUCUCCUGAAAGAGAUGAUGAGGAAGAGGCGGCGUUGGAAAGGGAGAGGGAAGAGAGAGAGCGCAAGCCUCCAACUCCAACUGAGUUUGAUUUUGAUGAAGAGCAAAUGCAAGCCACUCCGAAAAAUGCCUUCAUCAACAGACGCAGAACACCAGGAUCCUCAGCCCGCUCCUCUGUGAAAAGGGAAGCUCGGCUGGACAAAGUGCUGUCAGACAUGAAGCGGCACCGCAAGAUUGAGGAGCACAUCAUGCGCACGGGUCGAGAUCUCUUCCGGACCGAGAAGAAGCUGGAGGAGGCUCUGUCUCCAAACAGCCAGAAGGAGCGCGAGAAGGAGAGGGAACGAGACAGCAACCCCAACACCAUCUUUUCCCCGAGACAGAGGAGAUACUGAAGCAGUAAGAGAUGAGGACUUGCCCAGAGGCAAACGAGGCCAAGAGCUUUCAGAGGCUUUCUCAAAACUUGAAUUUUUUAAUGUAACGAGUUUUGUAUGUUUUCUAUAUGUGUUUUGUAUAUUGGCAAUAAACAUUAAAACCCAGAAAAUGUUAACUGAUCUGUAAUCAGUGUGGACAAGGGUGGAUUAUUUGGAUAAAAAUCCUCUGUAACAGCAUACGAUAGUGUGUAAAAUUACAAGUCAGGGACACAUUCAUCCAGGCAUGUUAUGGGACAUCAUCACAUUUAUGCAAAUUUGUAUUAAAAAAGCAAUAUUCUACAGUCCUGCUCAUCAAUGUAUAUUGCCCAUAAUGGCCAACUACCAGUGGUGGAAUGCAACUAAGUACAAAUUCAAUGCACUUGUACCAUUUUAUGCAAUUGUAGUACUUUUUACCCCACUAACAUUUGUCUGACAGCUUUAGUUACUAGUUGCUUUACGGAUAACAAUUUUUCAUCUACCUGUCCAGUGAAAUCCAUGUAUCUCCAAAUUUGGUGAUACUGAAUUGUUAC